AUGGAUAAUAAUAGUGAUUCCAUAAUUUCCAUUGGAAAAGAAGUUGAAUGCGAGGACUUAUUUGCCAUUAACAUUCCAGUAGAGCGGCCACCUGCGGAGCAGCCUGAAUGCAAUGAAUUAUUUGACAUUAACAUUAACAUUCUAGCAGAGUUGCCACCUGCGGAGUGGUCGGAAUGCUGUAUCUACCGGGUUCCCAAUAAACUGCGCGAGGUAAAUAUAGAAGCUUACACCCCUAAGCUAGUCUCAAUAGGCCCCUUUCAUCACCGCGGAAAAGAAUUGAGGUACACGGAAAAGAAAAUGCAUAAACUGAGAUAUUUGAAGGCUUUCUUAGAUCGAACCGGGAAGAGCCACGAGGAUCUUCUAAAGAUCAUUCAAGACGACGAAGAAAAAAUCCGUCAUUGCUAUGCAGAAGACUGUGGACUCAAAAGUAAUAAUAAUUUUGCGAAAAUGAUUCUGUUGGAUGCCAUCUUUAUAAUUGAGCUCUUCCGGAGGACCAAACCAUGGCGGCCGGAAAAUGGUGAAAAUGAUGAAAAUGAUGAGAGUGAUUACAUAGUAAACAAACCAUGGCUAGCAAAUGGUAUACGACUUGACUUGAUAUUACUUGAGAAUCAACUUCCUUUUUUUGUUCUUGAGAAAUUAUAUAUGUUCGCCGGUCCCGACUAUCACAGAGCACAGAAAGGAGGCAAGAACAAAAAGGUUACUUUUUUGGAGCUUUCCAUCAAUUACUUUUCUGUUUACUAUAGUAAUCUUGCUGAUAAGCAGCUGCCAAACGAGUUCAACAUCGAGGAAGUCAAACACUUCACAGAUUUGAUAAGACAUGUGUUAUGCUCAGGACCAAGCCUGACUAUGAAACAUAAAGGAGAUUUGGAUAGUCGAAUUUGUGCAACAAAGCUUGAUGACGCUGGACUCAAAUUCAAUGCAGUUCAAAAUAGACACUUACUUGAGAUAACAAUGUACUCUAACUUGGGAGGUUGUCCGUGCUUCAAUUUGUCAUGGCUCUUGUCUUGGUUACCAUUCUUGAACAAGCCAUUUCCAAGGUUAGAGCGUAUGCAGUGUAUCUUGGAAUUCCCACCCAUUGUGAUUGACAACACUACUGAAGCUUUUUUUCGAAACCUUAUUGCCUUGGAGCAAUGUCAUUAUCCGUCUAAAACUUACAUCUGCAGUUAUGUUGCGCUACUGGACUAUCUAAUCGACACUGAGAAAGAUGUGGAUUUGCUGGUUCAGAAAAAGGUGAUUGUUAACAAUAUAGGUAGCAAUCAAGCAGUGGCGGAUGCAAUUAACAAACUUUGCCUUGAGAUUGUUGUAGAUCAAUCAUGUUACUCCGAUCUAGGUACAGAUAUUAAUAAGUACAGUGAGAACCAUUGGAACCGCAUCAUGGCAACCAUGAAAAGUGAGUUUUACUGUAAUUUUUGGAGAGGCACUGCAACAACAGUUGCACUUGUUAUCAUGCUCUACCAAUUCUGGGGUUUCCUUCGGCCUUUUAUCUUUAAGAAAUGA